GCUCUCUGCAAAACCCUAAUCCCUUUUCUUCAUCAUCUAUAAACCGUAUCAACGGCCACCACCACCCACCUCCAUUUUGCCAUGGCGAAGACCAAGUCCGGCACGCAAAGCGCAGCCAUGAAGCACCACUCCCAGCAACCCAACCCCUUCGUCGGCAAAUUACCAAAGCUCACUCGCUCCGACGACACCACCACCACCACCACCACGAAGAAGAAGAAGAAAAGUAAACUAGGACCCAAGGCUGUCGCUAUGAAGGCCCAGCCGCCGAAGCCCAACCCCUUCGAGACCAUUUGGUCCCGGCGGAAAUUCGACAUCCUCGGAAAAAAGCGCAAAGGCGAAGAGCGCCGUGUCGGCCGCGCUCGCUCUGAGGCCAUCGAAAAGAGGAAGAAGACGCUGUUGAAGGAGUACGAGAAGAGCGGUAAGUCCUCGGUGUUCUUGGAUAAGCGUAUUGGAGAGGAGAAUGAUGAGCUUGAUGAGUUUGAUAAGGCCAUUCGGCGUACGCAGCGCGAGCGUCAAGUGAAGCAGAGCAAGAAAAGCAAGUAUAACUUAUCGGACGGGGAAGAGGAGGAGUUUGAGCUUCAGAGCCUAGGGGCAUUGUCUCAGAGGGAUGAUUUUGAGGAUGAUGUGCCCCCUGAGGAUGAUGAUGAUGGGGGAGAAGCUAAGAAAAAAGGUUAUCAAUUGAAGUCUGAUGAUAACGACGAGGAUCUAAGUGAUGGAAAUGAAAAUAGGCAUAAAAGUGACAAGGAAAGAUAUGCUGAGAUGAUCUUGAAGUCCAAAAAUUAUAAGUUUGAGAAGUCGAAGGAGAAGGAUGAAAACAAAGAUUUGAUGGAAGAAUUGGACAAAAAAUUUACCUCUGUAAUUGCUUCGAAAGCUCUUACAAACAAGAGCAUUAAGAAUGACGUUUCUGCUACUCAGAUCUUUAGAACUUCUGAGCAGGAGAAAUCUGACGCUUAUGAUAAACUUGAAAGAGAAUUGGCAAUGGAAAGGCGUGCUCAACCCUCAAAUAGGACAAAGACGCCUGAAGAGAUAGCACAAGAAGAGAGGGAGGAACUCGAACGAUUGGAGGAAGAGAGACAGAAAAGGAUGCAUCCCACCGAUGACUAUAGUGAUGAUGACAAUGAGGAUGCUGAUAAACCAUCUACCCAGAGGCCAAGAUCCAUAUCUGGAGAUGAUCUUGGUGAUUCCUUCUCACUUGAAGAAGAACCAAGGGCUAAAAAGGGUUGGGUUGAUGAGAUUCUCGAACGAAAAGAUGCUAGUGCGUCUGAGAGUGAAGGAGAUGAUUCUGAUUCUUCUGAGGGUUCAGAAGGUUCUGAAAACGGUGGUGUUGAGGGAUCUGAUGAAGAUGAUUGUGAAGGGGAAAAAGAUCUAUUGAAUAAGGAAUGGGAACAGAGUGAUGAUGAUAAUCUUGAAAUAGACUUAGAUGAUGAAGAAGAAGACUCUGACGAACACGGAAAUGAUGAUGAUGGUUAUCAAAAAGAGGUGGACCAAAGAGAUCUUAAGAAGUUGAAAAGAAAUGAUGCUGUACAAGCUAGUAAAAGUGAUGGUAAGUCGUUGGACGACAAAAAAUUGCCAACCAAUAAACAAUCUUCAACUGAGUCAGACCUCCCUUACAUAAUUGAAGCUCCAACAAGCAUGGAAGAGUUGAAUGCAUUAUUGGAUGAUCUUUGUAAUGCUGACAUCGCCUUGAUAAUCCAUCGAAUCCGGGCAAGCAAUGCAAUCAAGCUUGCAGCAGAAAAUAAGAAGAAAAUGCAAGUAUUUUAUGGUUUACUUUUGCAAUAUUUUGCCACCUUGGCAAAUAAAAAACCGCUGAAUUUGGAGUUACUGAAUUUGUUGGUAAAGCCCUUGAUGGAAAUGAGCAUGGAGACUCCAUAUUUUGCUUCAAUCUGUGCUCGUGAGAGGAUCCUGCGCACUAGAACAAGAUUUUGUGAGACUGUGAAGAACCCAGAAAGGAGUUGUUGGCCUACUUCAAAGACACUAUUUCUCCUGAGGCUUUGGUCCCUGAUAUUUCCAUGUUCAGACUUUCGUCAUGUGGUCAUGACUCCAGCAAUAUUUUUGAUGUGUGAAUAUCUGACGCGUUGUCCCAUCUUGUCUGGUCGUGAUGUUGCAGUUGGCUCAUUCUUAUGCUCUCUGCUUCUCUCUAUCACUAAACAAUCUCAGAAGUUCUGUCCUGAAGCAGUCACAUUUCUUCAAACAUUGUUAAUGGCGGCCAAAGAAAGAAAGCCAAAGUGUAAUCAAGCUUCUGAUAUCGAUCAUCUUAUGGAAUUAAAAGCACCCAGACCCCUUCUACACAUACAUGAAUCUAUAGAUCAGAUUGAUCCACUUAAUUUUCUCACAAUUAUGGACCUGCCAGAAGACUCAUCAUUCUUCACCUCCAAUAAUUUCAGGUCCAGUAUGCUGGUUACUGUGAUUGAAACUCUACGUGGAUAUGUCAGUUGUUACGAAGGGUUCAGCUCUUUCCCCGAAAUAUUUUUGCCGAUUUCAACAUUGGUGCUUGAAUUAUCGGAACAAGAAAAUAUGCCAAGUGCAUUAACUGAAAAAUUUAAAGAGGUUGGUCUGCUGAUUAAGACAAAAGCAGAUAAACACUGCAUGCAGCGGCAACCACUUCAGAUGCGGAAGCAAAAGCCAGUGGCUAUCAAAAUGCUCAAUCCAAAAUUUGAGGAGAACUUUGUCAAGGGCAGAGACUACGAUCCAGAUCGUGAACGAGUUGAAAGAAAGAAGUUGAAGAAGCGUUUGACACAAGAAGCUAAAGGUGCUGUUCGUGAACUGCGAAAAGAUAAUUAUUUCUUACAGGAGGUGAAAUCGAGGGAUAAGGCUUUGAUGGAAGAAGAAAGAGCUGAGAAAUAUGGAAAAGCACGACUUUUCCUUCAAGAGCAAGAACAUGCUAUGAAAUCUGGGCAAUUAGGAAAAGGCAGGGGGAAGAGAAGAAGAUGAGCUCAGUUCUUGUUAUGUUGGUUUGUGCGUUACCUCGUGUUUCUCAUUCAAGGAAUCAAGGUUCGUAGAAAGGCAAGACUGGUGACCAAUCUUUCUUCUUGCGUUUUGUAACUUUUGUUCAUAGUAAUGUUUUGAGCUCGGUCUCACUCAUACGAUAUCUAUUCAAAAGUUAAGAGUAUGGUCUUGUAUUGGGGCGGUCUUUGGCUGGAGAGAGGCAGUUGAGGUCAAAUUUUGUCUGGAUUUUGAUUUACUAAUACAUGUACUCCUUUUUGCACUGAGAUGGAUCAAUAAAACUCCAGAAAUUCUUCC